AUGAAGAUAAUGCGUGCAUUAGCAUUUCCUGUGGUCGGGUUAUUGUUUGCUGCUUCUGGGGCUCUAGGCAAUCAAGUAGUUGGUGAUGAAACAGGAAGUAGCGCUGGCCGUGAUGCUGGUGAAGGGCUUCAAGCAGUAGGGCGGCUAUUUGAAUUCUUAGGUUCUGCAGGAACCGAUAUGGGGGAGAAGCUUGAUGAAGCAGGGAAGUUCAUAAAGCUGGUGAUCAAGAGCAUGCACCCCGACACAUCGGCAGCAGAUAGUGUUAUUGCAGCGAUAGAUGCAGUAAUAGGAGGAGAGAAGGAGUCAGCGAAGAUACUGGAAGAGAUGGAUAAGCUUGCAGCACGGAUGGAUGAACCUAGUUUAGGGCCCGAGGAGGAUCUUCACCUGCGCGUAAAGAUGCAUGAGUGGAAGGAUAAGCUUAAAGAGGUGACCAGGAGGUCUGCAACAGAUACGCUGGCAGCUUAUGGUAUUACCUUCUCUGAUCCUGUCCCUGGUGCAUUAAAAUCAUACUUAGAUAUUGUAGUAACUGGAUACGUCGACAAGAUGACGGAGAGGUUCAAUCCAUACUUGUAG